AUGACUGAAAAGAAUCAGAAAAGGACAGAGAAACAGAUCAAAGUUUAUAUCAAAGAGCUGGAGCAGGAGGUCUUUGAGCUGACGAGGAGACGUGCUGAGAUGGAGGAAAUCUCACGCUCUAAAGACCGUCUUCGUUUCCUCCAGAGCUUCCCGUCCCUGAAUGCUGCUCCACCCACCAAAGACUGGACAGAUGUCAGCAUCCAUCCAGCAAUAUACCAGGGAAUCACAAGGACGGCUUUAGUGAAAGCUGUGGAUGAGCUGACAGAGACCAUCAAAAAUGAGAUGAAGAUGAUACGGGACGCCCAGUUCAACAACCUUCGACAGAAUGCAGUGGAUGUUACUUUGGAUCCUGAUACGGCACAUCCUGCUCUCAUCCUGUCCAAUGAUGGGAAGCAAGUUCAUUGUGGGGAUGAACGGAAGAAACUGCCAGACAGAUCAAAAAGAUUUGAACCUGCAAUUAAUGUUUUAGGGACACAAGGCUUCUCCUGUGGAAGACUUUACUAUGAUGUCCAGGUUAAAGGAAAGACUGUGUGGACUUUAGGAGUGGCCAAAGGGUCGGUCAAUAGGAAGGGAGAAAUUAAACUAAACCCAGAGAACGGCUACUGGACUAUAUGUCUGAGGAACAGAAAUGAGUACUUUGCACUUGCUGCCCAUCCUGUCCCUCUCUCUGUGAAUGAUCCCCCAGAGAAGGUGAGAGUUUUUGUGGAUUAUGAGGAGGGUUUGGUUUCCUUUUAUGAUGUAAAUGCUGCAGUUCUUCUUUACUCAUAUACUGGCCAAACCUUCAAUGAGAAACUUUAUCCAUUUUUCAGACCUGGUACUAGUGACAGUGGCACAAACACUGCUCCUCUAAUCAUCACUCCCUUCAAACAACAAAGACUGGACUAA